GUUGCCAUCGAAAUUACUUGCAGCUGCACCGGAGUCUGCGAUAGCCACGCGCACAGGUGCUGCGCCGUAAUUGGUGGGAAGACGCCCCUCUUUGUACUGAGCGCGCGAAUGCACCCACGUCUCUCACAGUCGGCUGCUCGGUUAGCUAGUUCUUAGCGUGCCGUUGUACUCCCGUGGUUUAAACGGUACCGGGGGUCUGCAGGCACACCGGAGGACCAGCUUGGACGAGGCUCAAGGGGCUCUACACCUUAACCACACUUCAGCUUUCAGUUUUCUGUCAGCUACGUGGGAGAAACAUGAUGUCAGACAAGGAAGCUGGUGCUUUUGAUGAUGCGUUGGAGGAGAGGGUCAUCAAUGAAGAGUACAAGAUCUGGAAGAAAAACACCCCCUUUCUUUACGACCUGGUUAUGACCCAUGCCUUAGAGUGGCCCAGCCUGACUGUUCAGUGGUUACCUGACGUCUCAAGGCCCGAGGGAAAGGAUUACAGCGUACACAGGCUCAUUUUGGGCACUCACACGUCUGAUGAGCAGAAUCACCUGGUUAUUGCUAGCGUGCAGCUGCCCAAUGAUGAUGCCCAGUUUAACACCUCGCACUACGACAGUGACAAAGGAGAGUUUGGAGGCUUUGGCUCAGUAAACGGCAAGAUUGAGAUUGAAAUCAGGAUCAAUCACGAAGGAGAAGUGAACCGUGCCCGCUAUAUGCCCCAGAACCCCUGCAUCAUUGCCACUAAGACCCCCACCUCAGAUGUGCUGGUGUUUGAUUACACCAAGCAUCCCUCAAAGCCAGAUACUCCAGGAGUGUGUCGCCCUGAUCUGCGUCUCAGAGGCCACAAGAAAGAAGGCUAUGGUCUAUCCUGGAAUUCAAAUCUGUCAGGAGCUCUUCUUAGUGCGUCAGAUGAUCACACAAUCUGUCUGUGGGACAUCAGUGCUGUUCCCAAGGAGGGCAGGAUAGUAAAUGCAAAGACGGUCUUUACCGGUCACAGUGCUGUGGUUGAAGACGUCUCUUGGCAUCUGCUUCACGAGUCGCUCUUUGGAUCUGUAGCAGACGACCAGAAGCUUAUGAUUUGGGACACUCGUUCAAACAAUACCUCCAAUGCCAGCCAUGCAGUGGAGGCCCACACAGCAGAGGUCAACUGUUUGUCAUUUAACCCUUUCAGCGAGUUCAUCGUUGCCACCGGCUCAGCAGACAAGACCGUGGCUCUUUGGGACUUGAGAAACCUGAAGCUAAAGCUACAUUCCUUUGAGUCGCACAAAGAUGAGAUCUUUCAGGUUCAGUGGUCACCUCAUAAUGAAACCGUAUUAGCAUCUAGUGGAACAGAUCGCCGCCUCAAUGUCUGGGAUCUCAGUAAAAUUGGCGAGGAGCAGUCUCCAGAAGAUGCAGAGGACGGCCCGCCUGAGCUUCUGUUUAUCCACGGAGGCCACACAGCCAAGAUCUCUGACUUUUCCUGGAACCCCAAUGAACCCUGGGUCACCUGUUCUGUGUCUGAGGACAACAUUAUGCAAGUGUGGCAAAUGGCUGAGAACAUCUACAAUGAUGAAGAACCUGAGGGUACAAUGGAAAGUGAAGCUACCGCGUAACACCUCCACGUGUCGUGUGCAUUCACCUACAAGCCUGAUCACAAAUAGUUCCACUCAGCUACUCCGCCAUCCUGCUCCGCUUCCAUCGGGACACUAAAUGCUAAGAACACAGUGUGACUAAAUGUAGCGCUGGCUUGUUUUGGGACACUGAAAGUGACUCGUUUUAGUAACUUACUGCCUCAAGAAUUUCACUUUUUUCAUUUUUAUUUCUUUAUUGUUUUUUUUCAAUGCACUUAUGUAUAAUCUGUAUUUUUGUAAUUAACUGGCUCUUCCUUGUACAAUGCUAUAUUGUAAAUGCUUUCUUUCCCUAAUAAAGUGUUAUUGAACAAUUAAAA